AUGUUGAGGUUGUUACGGAAUAUUGCUCUGGCGAGUCCAGGAAGUGGUGGUCAAGUCACUUCUGUGAAAUUCUCACCCAAUGGAGAAUUAGUAGCGGUUUGUAAGAGUACAGUAAUUGAAUUAUUUGAGUUGGCAUCGAUUGAACAGCAUGAUGAGGUUGUGCCAGUGCCUUUCAAGACGGUUUUGACAUCCCAUAUAAAGCCCAUCUCUGAAAUAUGCUGGUCCCCAGAUGGUCAGUGCAUUGCUUCCGGCUCUGAUGAUUUUACUGUGGAGAUCACUCACUUGCAGUUCGGGCAAAUAUACAGGCUUGUCAGUCACACUGCUCCAGUAGUGUCUUUAUGUUUCAAUGUUAAAGGUAAUUUAUUGUGUAGUUCCUCAAUGGAUGAGAGCAUAAAGAUCUGGGACACAUUGAAUGGUGUAUUGUUGAGGACAAUAUCCGCGCAUUCUGGGGCUGUCGUCUCCAUAGAUAUGCCACAGCUUGACUCAUCGAUCAUUUCUUCAGGUUCGUUUGACGGGUUGAUCCGUAUAUUCGACACAGCAUCUGGCCAUUGUUUGAAAACAUUGACAUAUGAUAAGGAUUGGAAGAUUGACACAGGUGUUGUGGCCAUUGCAAAUGUUAGAUGGUCCAAAAAUGGGAAAUUCCUACUUGUGAAAUCACUAGACGGGAUAGUCAAAAUAUGGGACUGUAUAAGGGGUUAUGUCGUACGAACAUUUAAAAUAGACCAAUCCGAUGAUCAAGAAGCUAAUGGUGCUUCUCAUUCCACCGAUGCUUACCGUAUGAGGUAUGCGUUUGGAAUGGAUUUUUUAUAUCCAGAAAAUGACCAUUCACCAAUUGUAAUUAGUGGUUAUGAAAAUGGUGAUAUAUACCUUUGGGACUCAAGUAACAAGAAACUUCUACAGUUAAUUAAAGCAAAUGAAUUCAAAUAUUCAAGCAGUCCCAUCAUAGAUAUAAACACCCAUCAAAACUAUGUCUGCACGGUGACAAUGGAUGGUGAAUGUCUAUUUUGGAAAUGGGAAUCUUGA